UAAAAGGGUAUCCAGAACCAGGGACGAGGGAACGGAGGUGUAAAUAGAAAGGGAAAGCUAUUGGUCUCUCCCUCUCUCUCCCCUGCUUUCUCUCCCUCUUGCUCUCUCUCUUAUUAAAUCAAUGAAUUAAUUAUUAAGUAGGAAAUAAAUACAAGGAAUCAAGCCUCCACCGGGACCAGCAGACGAUCGCGCUUUUGAUAUGCGUUUUAGCCGAAUGAUACAUAUGUAUUCAUAUGAAUGUAAAUAUUUGCUUAGGUGGGACUAGAGCGGGACCAGCACUUGCAAGGCUUUUUUUUUGGACCACAAUUUGACCAAUACUUAGGAAGCUUUUACGAAACCACCCACAAAUCGCGCUGCUGCUGUCACUGUCACCACAACUCAUUGGCGGUCCGAAGAUGGCAACUUUAACGAAUGGGCAGGUGGACGGCACGGGACACGUCGUCGGUGUUGCCACUACUAACGGUCUUGUGAACGGAUUAAGCCACAGCCACAGUCCGGCAGGCUGCUCGGCUACCAUCCCUAUGAAGGACCACGAUGCAAUCAAAUUGUUCAUCGGUCAAAUACCGCGCAAUCUGGAUGAAAAGGACCUCCGGCCGCUCUUCGAAGAGUUCGGGAAGAUCUACGAGCUCACAGUCCUCAAGGAUCGCUUUACGGGCAUGCAUAAAGGCUGUGCCUUCCUCACCUAUUGUGCCAGAGAGUCGGCCCUGAAAGCUCAGAACGCCCUUCACGAGCAGAAGACACUGCCAGGGAUGAACAGACCCAUCCAGGUGAAGCCGGCGGACAGCGAGAGCCGAGGAGAAGACAGAAAACUCUUUGUUGGAAUGCUCAACAAGCAGCAGUCCGAAGAUGAUGUGCGUCGUCUCUUUGAGUCAUUUGGUGGAAUUGAGGAGUGCACCAUCCUCAGAGGUCCUGAUGGAAACAGCAAAGGCUGCGCGUUCGUAAAAUACUCUUCCCAUGCUGAAGCUCAGGCAGCCAUCAGUGCACUACACGGCAGCCAGACAAUGCCUGUGAGUGGAGGUGCCUCCUCUAGUCUGGUGGUGAAGUUUGCCGACACGGACAAAGAGCGUACCAUCCGGCGCAUGCAGCAAAUGGCUGGUCAGAUGGGGAUCUUUAACCCCAUGGCCCUGCAAUUCGGCGCCUAUGGGGCUUACGCACAGCAGGUCCAGCAACAAGCAGCAUUGAUGGCAUCAGUAGGUCAGGGUGGGUAUCUCAGUCCCAUGGCGGCCUUUGCCGCCGCCCAGAUGCAGCACAUGGCCACCAUCAACGGCAUCCCUGGGGCGCCUAUGACCCCCACUUCAGGUGGCAGUACCCCACCUGGCAUCAGCGCCCCUACAGUAACCAGCAUCCCCUCGCCCAUCAGCGUAAACGGUUUCACUGGCAUGCCCCCCCCUCAGGCCAACGGCCAGCCCCCCACGGAGGCAGUCUUCACCAACGGGAUCCACCCCUACCCAGUGUUGCAGGAGGUGGUGUUUCGGGAGGACUCUGAGAAGAACGGCUUGGGCGUGGCUCCCCGGAGUUGUUUUGGGGUUCAGGGAGGGUGCUUCCUGUCCUCUCUCUCUGAAGCUCAGAGUCCUACUGCAGCCGAUCCUUUACAGCAGGCUUACACUGGGGUCCAGCAGUAUGCAGCAGCCUACCCAGCUGCAUACGGGCAAAUCAGCCAGGCCUUUCCCCAACCCCCACCCAUCAUACCACAGCAACAGAGAGAAGGGCCGGAGGGCUGUAACCUGUUCAUCUAUCACCUCCCUCAGGAGUUUGGGGAUGGCGAGCUGAUGCAGAUGUUCCUGCCUUUCGGUAAUGUCAUCUCCUCCAAAGUGUUUGUGGAUCGGGCGACAAACCAAAGUAAAUGCUUUGGGUUUGUUAGUUUCGAUAACCCGGGCAGUGCUCAGGCUGCCAUACAGUCCAUGAAUGGCUUUCAGAUCGGCAUGAAGAGGCUCAAGGUGCAGCUCAAAAGGCCGAAGGAUGCCAACCGCCCCUACUAGUCUCCUGCCCCACCCAGCUGCCCCUGCCCUGGGGGCUAAGGCAGCCGCUACGCACAGGGAAAAGACGGGUUUGUAGAGCGGGAUCGUAACUUGAUUAAAUGAAAAAGAACACUGACCUGAAAGAGCAAUGGACAACAGGAUCAUUGGUAGGGGAUUCAAAUGCAUCAAAAACUGGGAAAAACAUAAAAAGAGACGAGAUGAGUAAAAGGAUAACUGUUGGACGUACCGAGGUGAGGACUCACACAAGCUUGGUAGCCCAACCCCUUCUGCCUCGCCCCCCAGGACUAAGGCUCUCUUUCUCCCCCCUCCACCUUUAUCUAUGGCCCCUAAAACCCUGCUUGAGUGACAUCUACCUUAUUGGACCACAAGGGAGUUAUUACUAAUGAUCAACUAGAAAAUAGAAAAAAAAAGGGAAAAAAAAGAAAGAAAGAAAAACAUACAAAUGACCAACCCCAAUCGAAAAGAGACAAAGGAACCCUGGACAUCAGGAGACUUGAAAGAACUUUUUAAAAAAACAGUAUGGAGGAUUGCCAUAGGAUGUAUUUAAGUAAGGACGUUUGUGUAUGGAGGAACUAACUUUUUAAAGACCAAUUUUACAGGACAUGAAACAAGAAGGGACAGACCUUCUCGGAGGAGAGAGAUAGGACUUUGUCGGCGAUGUGAUAUUUCAGGACACAAACUCGCAUUGAAUGGGGAUGGCCAUCUUUAGCUUGGAGUGCCUGUCCGUUUCCAGGGGAUACCGUUGCCAAGGACAGCCAUAGCAACGGUCUCCAGGGAGUUUUACCUGUCAUUCCUUAGUUGUUUUAGGGACCAAAAGACCAAACAUUUUUAUUGCUGGGGACUUGUAGCUCUAAUAUACUCGGACCACUGCUUCUCUUUCAGUCAGUGUUAAGUGGCUAAAGAGUUGCAUUUAAAAGAUGUGUACAUUUAAAAUAUAUAUACAAUAUAUGUAUAUAUAUAUACAUAUAUAUUGCUGAUAUGCUUUUUGAAUACAGGCAGAACUAUUUCAGAUGACCAAUGGGGUCACUCACUUCGCUAGUUUACAAUUAACUAUUCAAAAGGUUUAUUUUUUUCUCUUCUCAUUUUCUCUUGGUAGUGAUGGAGAGUGCAUGGGGAGGGUUGUUCCAUAUCACAGCCUUACCUUUUCUAACUUGACAUCCUAACCUCAUAGUUAAAAGAACAUAAAAAAGUUUGAAAUAUAUAAACUUGUUUAUAUUUGCAGUACAUAUAUAUGUAUAUGUAUAACAAGCAUUCGAGCAAAUGUAUUAAUAUAUAUACAUAUAUACAGUAUAUAUGGAUAAAUAGAUAUUAAUCACAAUCUAAUAUAUGUAUUUAUAUACGCAUAUUUUAUAUAUGUGUGUCUGUAUAUAGAACGGCCUUUGACUAUGUUGAGCUGUAAUCUUUUUGUAGAUUUUAGCUAGUUUGAAACACUGCUCUGCUUGGGAAGAAACGCAAAUCUGGCAGCUCCCAAAACUGCAGGCAUUCCUAUCUCUGAUAAACUAUAUGCUGACACACAUUAUAUUGCUAAAUAUAUGUGUAAAUCUUACACAUAUGUAGGUGUAAAUACUAUUUGAAAAUGCAAAAAGCCACUUCUCAGUAGCAGGCUUUAAGAGAUUAAGGCUACACAAAUUUAGAGGAAAAGGACAAAUAUCUUCGACUCUAUUCCAAACAUAUCUUUUGAGCUUCACACUACAGAUACGUAAACAGUGUUUCCUUUGAAACUUGAACCAAAAUGGAUAAAUAUAUCAUGAUAUGAACUGGGGGGUUUUUGCAUUCAAGUCAAGUGCACGUAGCUUACAGGCUAUCACCACAGGAAGGUGUGCCUUGUCACCUGCAGAAUCUGCCAUCAAGCACUGUGCUCUCAAAACACUACUGCAAGCAGCCAACGCGCUACUAUGAUGUCAAUUCAUCCAUGCCCCAUCACAACCGUAUUCUUCACCAUUUGCAUAUAACGUUCAAGUACGCGUACACACACUCGUCAAAACUAUUAACAGUUAAAUAAUGCCAUAAUAGUCUUACCAGGCAUCAAUUUAACUUGUUUGUCACUGGAAAUUAGCAUUAGAGCUCAGAAAGUGAGUCUUAAUUUUAUGUGUAGUACAAGAACCCUAUAUAGAAGUGGGAAAUAGGGCAUCACUAGCUAGCAAGAAUGCAGUUCAGGCUCCAUUCAGUGCCCAGAAAGGGUCAAGUUCAGGGUUAGAAUUUUUCUUGGCAUUGGCUGGUAAGGGUAAUAAUUACAUAUUACAUCUUGAGAACUUACUAUAGUUGUAUGUGUGAUUUCCUGUUUUAUAAAAAAUGAAUUACAAUUAACGGUUUGUCCACUGAA